CAUUGUCUGUUUCUGCCGGCCAGAUAUGUUAAAGCAGAAAGACACAGAGAUUAUCUCUCUGUUGGAGGAGAAGGUGCUGCUCUUCAGGGAGAUGUGGGAGGGCUUUAGCCCCAGCGAAGAGGCCUGCAGGCAGGUCGAGCCUUUUUUCAGGUCAGCCUGCAGCCAGGAGCCGCCUCAGGGGGCGUCUAUCAUGAAAGAUGCUCUGCAGGAAGUGGAGACGUUGCAGGCGCUGGUGAAUGGCAGCCUGGGCGGAGCGAUGACCAGCGUACACGAGGGGGGAGGCGCUGGGCCGGUGUGUCUGCCCCGCCGCGCCGAGACCUUUGGAGGCUUCGACAGUCACCAGAUGCACGGCAGCAAGAGUGGAGAAAGAGACGAGAGCGAGGACACAGCGGGGGAGCUACGCAGGACAGAGUCUGACAGCGUUUUGAGGAAGCAGGUCCUUCACAGCGUCUCCAACCUGCAUCUCCUGCUCAGCACUCUGCAGGCGGUGGUGGUCCAGCAGAACAGCUACAUCGAAGACCAGCGGCAGGCCCUGAGCGAGCGUUCCUCCUCGUGCUCGUCCUUGUCAUCGCGGCAGUCCUCCCGUCCCAGCUCCCUGAUUGAGCAAGAGAAGCAGCGCAGCCUGGAGAAGCAGAGGCAGGAGUUGGCCUCCCUGCAAAGGCAACAGGCUGCUCUCGCCGAGGAGAGGCGGAAAAGGGAGGAGUUGAGGGAGCAGCAGCUUUCUGAGAGAGAGUCGGCGGUGCACUCACAGAUAAAUAUUGGCUUGAUGACCAUUCAGAAGAAAUGUCUAAAGCCACAGCAUGGAAAAACCAUUUCGCUUGCAACAAACCCAGAUGUCUCUGCCACACCUCUGCUCAGUCUUGCUGUUAAAAAAAUGAAGGACUUCAACAAAGACAUAGAAGAUGAACCUUUCCUCCUUCUGUACCCCGAUCGGACAGAGGUUUUUAAUAUCCCUGGGACUCAAACACCUUUUACCCUUGCAGAUUAUAAGGCUGAAAUUGGCAAGCCAUAUCAAAGGAUCUCUCUUUUCCUCUGCUUGAAAAGGGACUUUGAAGAAGUUGGAAAAUCAUCAGACUCCUCUGAUUCCGACCCAGAGAUUGUUAUUAAAGAAUCCGAGUUUGAUCUUGCUGAUACACUGCCAUGGGAACCUAUGAAUGAAAGCAGUCCUUUGCAAAACGUGGCAAAAACAGAGAAUGGUGCUGGGAAUCUUGUACUUGCAAAUGAAGUACAACAGGUUUUGGACUUGGAUAACAAUGGCAACAAUCCAGGCACCAGUCAAUGUCUCACUGUCCAGAGCUCCUGUUACAGAGACUACACCACUCUCUUUGAGCCCAUUGUUAUUGAUGAUGACUAUGAGAUUGAAUAUUUUACAGAUGACAAAAAGCAAGACCUGACCCCAGAAGAACAUUUGUUAGUAAAUUUAAUAUUUUGUAUUAAAUUAAUCCACAUCCUGGUCCUGAACGUAAUUACAUAA